AUGGCUUCCAAUCUCUGGGGUACCAUCAAGGCUUUCGUCUCAGACAGGAGGAGCACAAACAAGCCCACGGAAAAGACAUCGCCAAACUACGAAAAGCUCAUACGUCGCGCAUCUCAGCGACAUGAUCACCUGCAGUGCCAUAGAAAGCGGCCGGUUACCAAGGAAAACCACCCCAACCAAUACUAUCAGCAACGGGUGUUCACUCCCGAGGACGAUAGGAAGAUGUGGAAGACACUGUUGUUACCCAGCUGCGAGAGCAAAGAGGAGAAAGAGAAGAGAGAGCGGGAGGAGGAGUCCAAGUACCUCCUUGACUUGAUCACUCGGAUGCCUGUCCAGAGUACACCCUGCAGUGGAGAUGAGCAAGUCAAGGAGGACGAGCAUGUUCAGAUCGAGAAGCAUGUUCAGGUCGAGAAGCAUGUUCAGGUCGAGGAGCAUGUUCAGGUCGCGGAGCACGUUCAGAUCGCGGAGCACGUUCAGAUCGCGGAGCACGUUCAGGUCGCGGAGCACGUUCAGAUCGCGGAGCACGUUCAGAUCGAGAAGCAUGUUCAGAAAGACGAUGAAGAGAAGAAAGACGACCAAGAGAAGAAAGAAGAUCCACACGUCUGGUCAGCCGAAGUCGAAGCUGAACUUGCGUUACUCGACUGGGACGCACUUGGGUUGCUUGAUAGGUAG